AGAGCUGUAGCGCUCAAAGUAGCGUUGCUUUUUAAUCCAACAGAGCCUAUAACAGAAAAGUGCACGAUGGGACGUAGAAAAUGGUAUAGAUGCAACUGUAUGUCUUGUUUUCGGGCUAAAUAUAAAGUUAACGAAACUCCUUUACAAGAAUUACCUAAACCUAAAGAAGCAGACGAAACCGACGGGCUACCGUAUAUCGAUGCCGACAAAGAAGCCGACAUUCUCAUCGUCAGAAAAAUUGACCCUUGCAUCGCCGCAAAUGGGCCGGCUCAUAAUACCUCAAAGUACCAUCUAAUGACCAGAUCCGUUGAACCGCAAUUAGUGGUGCGAAGAGGUCAAUCUUUUAGACUUGACAUCCAAUUAAGUAGACCUUACAAUGAUACUAAAGAUGGAAUUUCUUUUGUAUUUGUUGUUGAUGAUUCUGAAAAACCUAGUCAUGGUCAAGGUACAUUAGUAGCUGUACCAUUAUUAAGAAAACCCGAUAAAUCUUUACCGUGGAACGUUAUUUUAGAAUCAGUUAGCGAAGAUUUACUAACGGUUCAAGUUACAUCACCAUCUGAUUGUCCCGUUGCGAAAUGGAAAAUGGAAAUUGAUACAAAAUUGGUUGAAGAUGGUGCUUAUCGAUAUAGUUGGGAAACUGGGAUUUAUCUUCUUUUUAACCCCUGGAAUAAACGCGAUCAAGUUUAUAUGAAAAAUGAGGAGUGGAGGGAAGAAACGACCUUAAAUGAUGUUGGAUUAAUUUGGAGAGGAACCGCGAAUAGAUUACGACCAACAAUUUGGAAAUACGAUCAAUUUGAAGAAACUAUUUUGGAAUGUUCUUUGUAUGUUUUAAAUUGUAUCGGAAAAAUCCACGGAAAUUCCAAAGCCGAUCCAGUACAAAUAACGCGAGCUUUAGCCGCCGGGGUUAAUAGCGUUGAUGAUGAAGGUGUUGUUAUGGGAAAUUGGUCUGAAAAUCAUUCGGGAGGGACUCCACCUACAAAAUGGAUUGGGAGCGCGGAAAUUUUACAAAAAUAUUAUAAGAAGAAAAAACCAGUUCGAUUUGGACAAUGUUGGGUUUUUGCAGGGGUUGUAACAACAAUUUGUCGUGCUUUGGGAAUUCCAUCAAGAGUUGUAACAAAUUAUUCAUCGGCACACGAUACUCAAAGUUCUCUAACAGUAGAUUUCUUUAUGGAUUCGAACGGAAAAAUUGUGGACGAUCUUAAUUCUGAUUCGAUAUGGACGUUUCAUGUUUGGAAUGAGGUGUGGAUGAAAAGACCGGAUAUCGGCGAAGAAUACGAUGGUUGGCAAGCAAUUGAUGCAACACCGCAAGAACCGAGUGAGGAUGUGUACCGUUGCGGACCGGCAUCCGUGUUGGCUUGCAAAAGAGGGGAAGUUCUAAGACCGUACGAUGGUUCCUUCCUUUUCGCGGAAGUCAACGCAGACAAAGUUUUUUGGAGAUACACCGGUCCAACUCAACCUUUAAAACUCUUGGGUAAAGACAUGUUAGGUAUAGGAAAAUUAAUAAGUACAAAAGCACCCGGAAAAUUCGAAAGAGAAGACAUUACAUACACAUAUAAACACCCGGAAAAAACACGCGAGGAACGCGUUACGAUGUUAAAAGCUCUCCAACAAUCCGAAAGUUCAUUCUCACGAUAUUAUCUCAACGAAGAUUUUAAUGAUAUUCACUUUAAUUUCGAAUUACGCGAUGAUAUUAUCAUCGGAGAUCCAUUUACUGUUUGUUUGGUAAUGAAAAAUCGUAACAAAAACAAAGAUUUUAACGUUUCGGUUAUUUUGAGAGUCGAUGUUAUGGCUUACACUGGUAAAUCAACCGAACAAAUUAAAAAAGAAAAAUUUGAUAUCGUCGUUAAAUCAGAGUCAGUACACGAAGUCAAACUUGAAGUGCCAUACAAAGAUUAUUUCAAAAAAUUAAAAGAUCAAGCUAAUUUUAAUAUAAGUUGUUUAGCUACAGUUGAAGAUACCAAAUUCGAAUAUUAUGCUCAAGAUGAUUUUAGAGUUCGUAAACCGGAUAUUAAAAUAACUUUACCCGAUAAUCUUCAGGUAGAUAACGAAGUUAUUGGUGAUAUCGAAUUAGUAAAUCCACUGCCAAAUCCAUUGAAAAAAGGGGAAUUUCUCGUUGAUGUACCAGGAUCAAAACAAAUCAAAAUUAAGGUAAAAGGGGCUGUUUUAACUAAACAAAGCGCGGUCGCUCAGUUUAAAUUUACACCAAAAGAGAUUGGAAUGCAUACAAUCGGUGCUAAAUUUACUUCUAAAGAAUUAAACGACGUCGAUGGAUUUGUUAACUUUAAUGUACUGCCCAAGGAGGAGGCUCCACCAGUUUAAUUUUAACGCUUAUUUUAUCAAUUUAUUAUUUUUAUUACGUCUUCACGUUAUUUAUUCAUGUAUUUUUAGAGCACUCAAUGAUUUUUAUAUAUUUG